AUGUCGAGAGUGUCCCGCCUGUCGGCAUAUGGUAUCCUCUCGUGUGGCCUCGCGGCCGCCGUGGUCGGGAGCGCACUCAAGACGCGACCAAACUUCUUCGCCGCUGCAGUCUCGGUCGGACGAAGCAGCGGCUCCUUGAUGGUCCUCGCCAACUUUAUGCUCUAUAUAGCCAUCUGUUUUGGCGUGGGGUUCAAGAACGUCUUCUUUGGCGAACUGCGGCCCAUUGAGUAUGAGCACCUGUUCGAGCGCCUGUGGAUCUUCCUCACCGAAUCGCUGUUUGCGCUCACCAUCUUUCGGUCCGACUUCUCGAUCCCGUUCGCGCUCCUAUACGGUCUUCUGGUCUUCCUCAAGUGCUUCCACUGGAUAACCGCCGACCGCGUCGACUAUCUUGACCAGGUCCCCCCUCCAGGGCCACCAUGGGGCUUCCACGUCCGCAUUGCGAGCGUUACGGUUCUGCUCACCCUCUUCGACUCGCUGCUGUUCAUGUACGCGACCGAGUCUGUGCUCGUCGACGGUGUAUCGGCCAUGCUCCUGUUUGCGUCCGAGUUUGCCAUUCUGCUGGUCGCUAUUGCGGGUACUUGGGCGCGCUACACCGUCGGCAUUAUCGACCUUCGUCGUGCGGGCGGACGCGCAGACGCCCCGACGUGGGAGGAGAAGAGCAUGUACCUGUUCUACAUCGAUCUCGCAGCCGACUUUGCCAAGCUCCUCACAUACCUCAUCUUCUUCAUUGUCAUCUACCUCAACUAUGGCUUGCCAGUUUACAUUCUCCGUGACGUGUACAUGACCCUCCGCAGCCUCGUGUCCCGUGGCGGCGACCUCGUCCGCUACCGCCGGGCAACUCGCAACAUGGACCAGCUCUACCCUGAUGCUACGGCCGAGGAGCUCGAGCGUAUGGGUGACCACACGUGCAUUAUCUGUCGCGAGGAGAUGAUCCCACGCGAGAGCCAGCCCCAGGACACGCCACAAGAUGGCCCCAACGAGACGCCCAAGAAGCUCGCGUGCGGCCACAUCUUCCACUUUCACUGCCUCCGCUCCUGGCUCGAACGCCAGCAGAGCUGUCCCACAUGUCGCCGCGACGUCCUCGGCGCUGCUGUUCCCCCCAACCAGCGUGACCGAGACGCCCGCAACAAUGCCGCUGCCGCCCGCCAAAACGCACCAAACGCAGCGGCACCUGCACCACAGCCGGCUGCUGGUGUCGGCGCCGCCCCGGACGCGCCCGACCCGACGCGCGCACUCUUCGAAGAGUACUUUCGCCUGCCAGGCGUUAAUGGUGACGCGCCAGUGCCUGUUGCGACUGGGGCUGCUGUACCUACCGGCGCGGCUCAACCAGAAGCGGCUGCGGCUGAGACGGAUGACCACCGCGUCCAGCGGUCGAUCUGGGGUGCGCCGAUCGUGCCAGGCCGCUUCGUCCCGCCUGCCCUUGGCGCGUCUCCGCGCUGGCCAGAGACGGGUGCCAGUCGGGAGGCAGGUCCUUCGCGAACAGCCCGGAUCGUGACUACCAGCGGUGCGGGCUCUUCUUCGGCGCCGGUAGAAUCUCCCAAUAUCUCAUCCGGUGUGACCACACCCCUUGCGUCGCGGGCGCCAGAAGUGUUCUCGACCGGCGGCUCGCCGAUGCGCAAUACACAAGUGCAGGAGCCGGAGACGGCGACAGAGGACGUUCUGGAAGAGGACGACGACGAGCACAAGUUUGACGACGAGGACAUCCCCAUCCGCGAGGCCGUGAGGUUGGCUGCGCUGCGGCGUGCCGGUGCGCUGGCGAGUUCCAGCACAAGCUCGUCUGCGAGCUCGUUUGCAGCUGUGGACAAGGGAAAGGGCAAAGCCGUCGAACCUACCGUCGAGCCCGAGACCGCGUCCACCGUUCCCUUUGAUGCUCCGCCAACGCACCGCGCCUACCUCGCCCCCGCCUCACCCUUCCCGAACAUCUCCCUCGCGUCCCUCGCCUCCACAGCAGCAACGCGCGACCCGUCCCUCCUGCCCUCUACACCCGAGGCUGUGCGUGCGGCGCUGAACGAGCGUCUCGGCGUGCUCCGCGAAGUGGAUGAUGUCGUAUGGCAGCUAGUGGGUGAGCUGAGCCGGCUCAAGAGUGCGUGGGAGGUCGAGGACGGUGCCGAUAGGACCGGAGCAUCUGCGGCCGUGUCUGGGGCCGCGUCUCCUGCCCCUACCCCGCCAGUCGCGCGCGACGAGUAA